AUGAUGUUAAUCGUCGAAGACCAAUUUUCGAAAGAGACUGUCGAUGAGUUUUUAAGCUAUCUGACAAAGGAAGAUCUAGCAAAAAUCAAAUAUAAGAUUCACCUCACCUGUAUGCCCGGAGAGGACGAGAUGGGCAGAAAAAUCUGGAUCAGAGACAGCGGACGGCUUUCCGCGUGGAAGGACCACUUCAAGCCCGUUGAGCGUGAAGCCGAACCCGUCAAAAAUUUUCUACCGAAGAAACUCGCCGCGGCUGGUGAGAUCACCAAGUACUACGAGGCAAAUAUGGACCGCUUGGAGGAUUUGCGCACGCUGGAAGGGCAAAAGAGGUUCGGCGCGGAAUCGAAGCAGACGAACUGCGCCUUCAUCUUCCACUGUACGAAUGCCGUCGACGCAGCGAUUGCACCGAACUUGGCGGAGAUGUUCUUGGUGCUCGCCAAAGCCAUAAACUCGGGCCGACUCGAAUCGGAGCUAACGCUGUCGCUGUCGUUUACGCGCUUCCCGAGGGAGCAGGACUCUCGGGUCAAGCUCAUGACCGAGACCACGGUAACCGGCGACUUGCUGCGGCAGGUUGGCGAGAUUCUCGUAGAAAAUGGCGUCGAAUUGGAUGUGUUUCACGUGAAGGUUGUAUCGGAGAUUUCUGUUGUGAUGCGCAGAUACUUCGAUAAAUGGUUCGGCUACCAGCCCUUUCAACCAUUCCUCGAGGGAAUGCUGCACGAGUACGAGGAAUUGGCCAACGAAUUU